GAUCCCUUGUCAUUUCCAUUUUGAAGUCCUCCUCGUCUUCUUCAAGUCCUCUCGUCUUCUUCAAAAUCAAAAAGCUCAAAACCCCUUUCUCUAUAUCUUGAAAUCCAUAAGAAAAUGUUGCUGAAGGCUUCUCCUGCUUUCUCUUUGUUGAGCACUCGUGGGGACAAUCUGGGUCCUCUGUUUUCCUCUGUUUCUUCGUCAUCUAAUUCUUUUUCUCCUUCGACUCUUCGUGGAAAAGUGGGGACUGGGUUUGUAGUCUGUGCAUCAAAGGGUGGAAAUGAUAAGCCUUUAACUGGUGUUGUUUUUGAGCCCUUUGAAGAGGUUAAGAAGGAGCUCGAUUUGGUCCCGACUGUCCCUCAAGUUUCUCUUGCUAGACAGAAGUAUUCUGAUGAGUGUGAAGCCGCCAUUAAUGAACAGAUCAAUGUGGAAUACAAUGUCUCCUACGUGUAUCAUGCCAUGUUCGCUUACUUUGACAGGGACAAUGUUGCGCUAAAGGGUCUUGCCAAGUUUUUCAAGGAAUCAAGUCUUGAAGAAAGAGAGCAUGCUGAGAAAUUGAUGGAAUACCAGAACAAAAGGGGUGGAAAAGUUAAGUUGCAGUCUAUCGUGAUGCCUCUUUCAGAGUUUGAUCAUGCGGAGAAGGGAGAUGCAUUGUAUGCAAUGGAGCUUGCUUUGUCUCUGGAAAAAUUAACAAAUGAGAAGCUCCUGAACUUACACAGUGUGGCUGAGCAGAAUCAUGAUGCGCAAUUGACAGAUUUCAUUGAGAGCGAGUUCUUAGCAGAGCAGGUGGAAGCCAUCAAAAAAAUUUCUGAAUAUGUUGCUCAGCUGAGAAGAGUGGGCAAAGGACAUGGUGUAUGGCACUUCGACCAGAUGCUACUUCACGAGGAAGAGGCUGUUGUUGCAUAAUGAUGGAAACAUCUUGUUUGCUGCUUAAUUGCCAUUUUGAGGGUUAUUCAUUCUAUCAUUUUGAGGGCUGUGUUUAGCUCAUAUAUUAGAUGAUAUUGAUAGAUAUGAUAGACGAAUUAAAAAUGGAUUUAGUCCCCUUACUUGACAAUGGUCAUCCCGUUUAAAAUAGUUGAAAUAUAUGGAUAUCGUUUAUUUCUAA